AUGGAAGGUUCUCGAGAAUCAGUUGAUUUUAAUUAUAUUCUGGAGCAAGCAUGUUCGCAAGAAAUAGCUUUAGGUGAAAUGUUGCGAUUAUGUGAACAUAGAUGCGGACAUAAAUUAAAAGCAGAAGCGAGAAUACAAAUUGUUGAGCAAUACGUCCUCGGAUCCGAAUGUCUUAAAAAGGGAUGGAUUUUAACCGAUUAUCCUAAAACUAUAGAAGAAUUCAAACUUAUGGAUAUGAUAUCUACGCCACCCAAUAGAGUAAUCAUUCUCAAAGUGGACACACAAAAGUGCAGAGAAAGACUCUUAAAUCGUCAAUCUAAUGCCAUCACUGGAAUUGAAUAUAAUCUUGCGUUGUGUGAAUCUUUAAUAGAUUCAGACUGUAAAUUGGAUGUUUAUUCCAAAGAUUACAAGGAUAUCGUUGAACAAGAUCCUUGGGAGUACGAACAGAAUAUAGAAGCUAUAAUGCGAUAUGCAGGGGAAACUGCAUCCGUAAUAGAUGCGAUGGAUGAGAAAAAAUGUGUGAGAGAAAAUAUAGAAGCAUGUCUAAUGCGACCAGCACCGAUUGCGAAACCUAGAAUUCCACAACCACCAUCUAUAAUUGAUCCAAUGGAUAUAGAAUUCGAUCCUGAUGAUGAACCCGAUCCGAAAAUCUUCGACGACAUACGCGCACCGGAGCCUAAAUAUUCUUUUAUAUAA